GAGAAAGGCAGCUAUAUAAUAGGGUGUGAUCUUAGUCAAGAGGACAGAGCAGAGUUAGUUUUUUAACAUUUAGGCCUAGACUGUCGUUUUAGAUCUUCCUUUGUAGUCGUGUUUGGAGACAUUCAACAAACCAUCAAUCUAUCAUGAGCCAUGAUUGACAGAGAUUGGCCGAGGGGACUUCUGAUUAUGAGUUUCUGAGAGCUUCUGGCCACUGCUAUAUUUAACGGGCAACAGCAGGAGAGGCAGCAAUGUCUGGACUAUACUACUUGGGAGGAAAUAGACAGGUGGGCGGUCGACCCAGGAGGAGUGCCGGAGCCCGCCUGGGAUUCGCUGGAGCAGUGCGAAGAGGGGUAUAGAAGAAUGGAGUUGGCGAAGCAAGCACGGCGGCGCGGACGGAAGCCCGAGAGUCAGCCCCAAAAAUGUAUUGGGGGGAGGCACAGGGGGAGUGUGGCAGAGUCAGGAGUCAGACCUGAGCCAACUCCCCCCGUUUAUCGUGAGGAGCCAAGGAGGAGCUCAGAAACAGAGCUGGUGUUGGAGGUGAGCGAAGCAGAGACUGUGAAGGAGUUAAUGGGGAAAUUGGAGGAGAGAGAUAUGAGGGAGUUGCUGGUUUGGUGCAUGAGGCACGACAUUCGCCCGACGGAGCGUGUCAGGGAUUUAAUGGCACCUGGGUCAGCUCCCCAUACUCAUCCUGAAGUGCGUGCUAGGGGUCUGGUGAAGACUGUGCCAGCCUCACGCACCAGGCCUCCUGUGCAUCUCCCGAGCCUUGCAUGUCCUGUGCCAUCUCAGCACUACAGUGCUCCUAGCAGUGCUAACCGUGGCGGGUGUGGUGCUGGUCAGGCACCGUGUUAUGCGGUGGUUCGCACGGUGUCCCCAGUACGCGUGCUUAGCCCGGUGCGCUACAUCACAGCUUCCCACAUCUGCCGGGCUAGGGUGAAGAUCCAUCCAGGGCGGUUGGUGCCAUCCCUGCUCUCAAGAUCUCCAGUACGCCUUCACGGUCCGGUCCAUCCAGUGCCACCUCCACACACCAGCCCUCCGGUGGCAGCUCCCCGCACCAGGCUUCCUGUGCGUGUCCUCGGCCCAGUAGCACCAGUGCCAGCACCACACAUCAGGCCUACAGUGCGUUCCGCCUGUCCAGCGCUGCCGGAGCCUUCCUCCUCUCCAGUGCUGCCGGAGUCUCCCGCCUGUCCGGCGCUGCUGCCGGAGUCUCCCGCCUGUCCGGUGCUGCUGCCGGAUUCUCCCGCCUGUCCGGCGCUGCUGCCGGAGUCUCCCGCCUGUCCGGCGCUGCUGCCGGAGUCUCCCGCCUGUCCAGUGCUGCUAGAGCCUUCCUCCUCUCCAGCGCAGCCGGAGUCUCCCGCCUGUUCGGCGCUACCAGAGCUCCCGCCCGUCAGUCCAGAGGCGCCAGAGCUACUCAGUCCAGCGCUGUCAGAGCCUUCCUCUCCAGCGUUGCCGGAGCUUCCCGUCUGCCCAGCAUUGCCGGAGCUUCCCGUCUGCCCAGCGCCGCCUGAGCCACCCGUCUGCCCAGCGCCGCCUGAGCCACCCGUCUGCCCAGCGCCGCCUGAGCCACCCGUCUGCCCAGCGCCCCCUGAGCCACCCGUCUGCCCAGCGCCGCCUGAGCCGCCAGUCUGCCCAGCGCCACCAGUGCCGCCAGUCUGCCAAGCGCCAAGACCCGGUCCACUUGUGACAGGCAGCCCACUGCCUAUUGGCUCCCACUCAGACCGCUUCCCUUCUUCACUGCCUUGA